AUGAAUUUCGAUAGGGACACAAAGCAAGCGAAGCAGCAGAUCGAACAAGAUCCGCGACUGACGACACAUGCUUUAGCAGCGCUGCUCGGGUGCUCCCAUAUCAUGGUAGAAAAACAUUUGGCUGAUCUUGGCAAGAGCUGGAAAUAUGGAGUAUGGAUUCCACACGGAUUAUCGCCGUAUCAGCUUCAGUCAAGGGUGGAUACGUGUAUAGAUUUAAUCACAUUUCAUCGUAAUCAUCAAUGGCUGCGCAAUCUUGUCACUGGAGAUGAGAAAUGGGUGCUCUAUGUUAACCAUACACGCCGACGACAAUGA